AUGCCCCUUUCACGGAAGCUACCGGCCUUGCUGGCCCUAUCGGCCAGCGUCGGCGUACUGCUGAGCUCGAUCCUGGCACUGGCCUUCAAGAUGGUCUCUUACACCUCGUACACGCAAGAAACCAACGGUUCGCCAACGGGAGCUGGGACGAGGAGCAGCCCCAUCAAAGGAUCCGGUGGAUGGAUUAACUUUUACCCGGAGCAUCUUGUGCCUGUCACCCGCGCGCCGCUUGUCGUCGCUGCUAGCUUCGGAUUGGUGAUGGGGUUGGCCGCGACCUGUCUCAUUGCUUGGUCCUUGAUCAAGAAACGCGUGUUGCCGAUCGCCGUCACCCAUCAAAUUGCCCUCCUCGCCGUCUUGGCUGUCAACGUCCUUGUAGCUACAGUUACCAUGAUCUACAUGUUGGUUCAGCAUUCUCGCAGUGCCCACUUCGACCCCGAAUACGAGAUGACCACGGCCUACUACGAUCAUGGACUUUUCACUCUGGAGACCUGGGCGUGCGAGAGCUCCCAGUACGUUGAUGCAUUCCGAGACUCCGAAAAUCACAGCUUGGUACAGCAAUGUACAACUGAAAGAGCAAGUCGCGGCCUGGCGGUUGCGUUGUUUUUCUUUUGUCUGGCAUUGCUGGGACUCCUCGCAUGGGAUCUCAAUAGGACGCAGGUUGUUGUGGCAAAGAAGCAGCGGAGAACGAAGAAUAGCUGGGAAGAUGAUGAAUGGGGAUAUUGA